GGAGGAGGAGGAGGAGGUACAAGAAGACUUCACCGUCACUCAGUCACACAGACCGCGCACCCCAAGGCAGCGGAGCGUCACUAUUUCAGCUCCAUCGGUGACUAUCUUCUCCCGUCAAUCUAAUACGUGUACUCAAUACUUCCAUUCACGGGAUUACAUCGACAGUCGGUGCCUUUUUUGUUCUUCAUCAUCUCCGGAGUUGUCUGAGUCGAUUUUAUUUGAGCAGACUGAUGAUGUGAAAAGUUUGCGAUUUUUGUUUUUUCUAAGGCAGCGAACUAAUCUACAAGAGGAGAAGAGGGACAUCCUCAUCGGUUUAUCUCAGCUCCUGCAUCUGCCGCUGGAGGAACUUCUGAGAGCGCACUGGACGGAAUAAAAGGAUUUGGAGAAAAUGAAGAGUUUUUGCGCAGUCCAUCAACAUCAGCUCAUCCUGCUAUUGGCUGCUGCCAUGGUGACGGCCAUGGAUUCGUCACACAGCCUGGCCAGUGAGAGGAGUUCAAUAGAAAGCACGUAUGAGCUGACCAAAUACCUGGAGUAUCAGCUGAAGGAAAUCAAAGAUGUAUAUCUCACCUACCUGGGGCCUCCGUUCAACGAGAAAGACUUCUCCCCACCGCGGCCCAACAGCACGGCUCUGUCCCUGCCCAGUGCGGCCACCCGCCUGGAGCUGUGGCAUGGCCUGGAGAACCAAGCCCGGCUCGCCCAGAACCAGAAGGCUUACUCUGUGCUGCUAGCGGCUGUCAGGGAGUUGGCUCGCUCCACCCUCUGCCCCUCCCUCAAGACCUCCCUGCUGCACUUUUGCACAGGCUUGGACGGACUGCUGGGCUCAAUAUCCGCGCUGAUGACCACGCUCGGUUACACACUUCCCCCUUCAUCUGCAAACAUGAGAAGUAACGCAGGCGAGCUGCAGUACACUCAGAGGGUGGCAGGAGGCGACCGACCGGCUCCACUGAUGAGCCAGAGCCUGUACAGGCCUAAAGCCGGGACGAGGACAGAGUCCAGUCAGCGUAACAACCAGAAACGUAGCGGGAUGAGGUUGAUCAGAGGAGAGCGGGAGGACGGCGUCAACGUGGACCUGAUGGAAAAGAGAAGGGGGAAAGAGGGGAGGAGAGCAGAGGCGACCACAGCCGGAGGAAGGAGUGGCGGAUCGAGGGAGAAGGGAAGAGGAGAAAGAGGGCGGAGAGGAAAGAGGGAGGAGCCUGAGAGCAGGUGGGCAGCCAGCGAAUUAGAGAGCGUAGGGGAGGAGGGAGAGGAGGAGCUGGAGCGAGAGGUAGGGGCGGAGGGAUGGGGGAGCAGGAGGUUGUUGAGUAUCAGCGAGGAUGGAGAGGAGAACGAGAGGCAGUCGGAACCUGGGGUCGGGUCGUUGUACCUGGGCACACAGAGCUCCAGCUCCCUUCGACAGCCAACCAUUGAAAACAACAACGACAACAAUCAGUAUAGCUACAACCUGUACUCACACCCCCCCGACACACUCAGGAAGGAAGAUGGAUUUAUUGUAGUGAAAAGCCGAGGGCUAAUGGUGGUGGAGGAAAAGCAAAUAGAUAUGCAAGCUACCUCCUCUUCCUCCGCUUUCUAUCACCAGCGUCGGCCUCCACGCUCCCUCUUCUCCCCCACCCUCCCACCUCCUCUCGACACCCUCUCCCUCCUCUACCAGUUCGGAGCAGGUGAGAAGCACACCCUCCUGCCCCAGCCCGUCCCUCUGUCUUUACAAAGGGGCACCUCCCUCCUUUCACCUCCUCUGACUCCGCUGCUCUCCUCCACCUCCUCCUCUUCCUCCUCUUCACUCCUGUCAGUGCGGCCAACAAUGAACGACUUUGCCAGGAAGGUGGAGGGGUUUUGGAUAUUGCGGGAGCUGCAGAGUUGGUUGUGGCGAUCGGCGAAGGACUUCAACCGCCUCAAGAAGAGACUCCGAGGUUGAAACACUGAAACGAGACUGGACACUUCACGCGGGCGCGCGUGCACACACACACACACACACACACACACACACACACACACACACACACACACAAAUGUGCAGUAUAUUGGAAAUCUAUUUGCACAAAAUCUGAGUGGAAACGAACUGAGAGCUUCAACAGACAAAAGCAUAUAAACACACUCAUGCUUAACACACUCAUUCAUACUGUACUGGAAUAAGUGAAUGAAGUACUUGGCCGGUCACCAGAAGCGCUAAUGGAAUAUAACACACACAAAGCCAACACAUUACCAGCACUGUCACCAGCCUGGUGCACAUAGCAGCUCAUUGAGCGAGACACACUGAGACUGGGCCGAGUUACCGGACUUCACGGCUCAUAGAUCAACAGAAAUACCACUGUAGGUGGUUAGACACACACGCACACACGAGGGGAGACUUAGUGACGAGGGGGACAGUGCAGCCAUUGAGCGAAAACUGAUUCAGUGACCCCCAGAUGUGUGAAUCAGCAAACAUUCGUUUUUUUCUAAAGGCAGAAGGGAAAAUUUCUGAAUGGGAAAAAGACAAAAGGAGAGAGGGGAGAAAUGGCCAGACGGGCGAAGAGGGCACGGAGGAAGAGGCAGAGAGGGAGAGGAAGACGGGAGGAGGCGUGAGUCAGGAAAUAACGGGCAGAGUGGUAUUGCUGAGUAAUCGAAAGAUGGCUGGUCAGUUACAGUAACUCUACAAGAGCGCUACACAUGCUGUCCAGACAGAGAGGUGGUCAAACACACACACACACACACACACACACACACACACACACACACACACACACACUGCUGCUUUUGAUUUAGUGCUCAUAACCUUUAUCCUUUUUAAAGAUUUCAUUCCAUAGCAAGAAUUUUUUAACACAAUCUUACACAUUUUUUAUAAUGGAUUUAUUUGCCUACAAAAAAAUCUCAGUAGAUUAGCAGUCAAGACAUUUGGAAUUGGGAAAUUGUUUUUGGGAAAUAGCUUAGAAAGAGAAGACUGGAAACAGGGAGUCAGCAAGCCUGGCUCUGUCCCCAUCUGCCUACAGCUAGCACCUCUAACACUCACUAGUUACCCUAUUGUAUCCCGUUUAUUUAAUAUGUACAACAGCUGAAGUGUAAAAAUGUCAAGUUGCAGUUCUCGAGUCUUGUUCUCACCUUGAGAUUGCCACAAAAAUCUGCAGAGACUCAAGGUCCAAAGUCCCUAGUCCUUACCAAAAAGUGGUUCAGCAUUUAAACCCUGCAUAAAACCUGUCACUUUUAACGUUGUGGUAAUCAAACCAUUAUUCGUAUGGAGACAGUUCCAGUGUACAUUUCCCCUCUGAAACCACAAAUUGCCAAUUUUACAUAAUAAUAUUUGCAUGAAUUAAAAAAACAAAACAAGACAUGACGUUUUAAAAAGUGAUCUUAAGAAGUGCUGCUCUCAAGCACCGGCUCCGCAGCUGCACUUGCUGAUAUGCACCUCCUUAAAUAUGGAAGUGCAGAUCAAGGCCCCGGCAGCGACCAAGACACCACAUGGUGACUGGUCAAAACAGGCGGCUUGUGUUUCUGUUUCAUGUAGCGAAGCCGUUUCCACUGCACAGUUUCGGCUAGUCAAAACAACAGCAGUCUGCCGCUGUCAAUGAAAAUAUGGUGACGGUACAGUCGGUCUGUGGAAUACAAUUAAAGCACCACGUGACCUGGUCAUUAAUGAUACAUCCAUGUGGUGUUGACGUGGUGCUAUCAAUGGGUGAAAUCUGACGCCCAACCAUAAAUCAGAGCCUACACUGUAGGUAUCUAUGUCGGCACCUCCCUUCUGUGGAUCGUAAAUCUGACUUCAGUCUUUCUGCUAAGCUAAACUCACCAUCAGACAUGAGGGUGCUAUCAAACUACUUGUCCAACCCUUGAAAGCAAGAAAGUUCCCAAACCGUCAAACUGCUCCUCUUAGUCACUUCGCACUCCUUAACCCAAAAAUUAGGCACAGUGAGGUGGAUGUUUCAUGCCUUUUUAAACGUGACACGUGUUCAAUUUUUUUCUCCCCUUUUUGCAAUUUAGCUUGUUUUUCAGUCUGCGUUUUUGCAAUGUGCCUUGGAUGACAUGGCUAAAGGUUAUGGAUCAUAUCUCUAUAAUAUUUAUUGAACAAGAUGUUUAUUUAUUGUUUUCUCCAGUGUGAAAAUACUGUUUUGUUACUCAAGAGAGAAUAAAUAGUAGCUUUUGUA